AUGGUCAUGAAGACCUUCGUUAGAGCAAAAACUGAGGGGAAGAUACUUUACAACAACGAUGACACCACAGCAGAAAGGAAAGAACAGAAAGCAAAUCGUAUUCGGAGCAGAUAUGUCGGGAACGAAACUGGAUCAACGUGCAAUGUCCAUCAGAGAAGUCAGCCAGUCACCAUAGCUCAACUGACCAAUGCAGCUAAGAGAGAGAAAGAAAGAGACUUGAAGGAGCAAGAAAAGUUAUCAAAUGAUGUUGCCAAGAGAGGGAAAAGAAAGCAAAUUGGGGAAGCUGCUCCUAGUGUGGAUAAAAAUGGCUUGCAGGCAGUUAGACAGUCCGUAAGAAAGAGCAAAGAUGGUGGCGCCUUGGAAGAUCCUGUGCAGAUGUCUGCAAGAAAGAGAAAGAUACUUGUGCCAGUAAAAGCAGCAGAAAGAAAGAAGGCUGUGAAUCAACCAAAGGAUGAAAGAAGAGGAGAUUGUGGUAGAGAUGAGGUAUCAGCACAAUCCAAGAUGUCUGCCAAAGCCCACUCAUCAUCUCAGCCAGCCAGUAGAGAGUCCAGAUCAGAGAGACACAGGAGGAAACUGGAGGAGAUUGUCACGGCCACUCUGGUAGCCAAUGGUAUUACAGCUGACCACUCUCUUUAUACGUCCUGCAAGACACGGCUUUAUAAACUGACCAAGAUGUACGUUAUGGUGAGUACUGACCACUGA